GCGCGCGCCACGCGCUUCUUACAACAGGUGCUAGCCGCUAAGAUUCACGUGUGAAAUGUCUCGUAUCAUAAAUAAAACAGUGAUAUAAAAAACUAUGCGUUAAUUACUUAUAAACAGAUAUAUUUAGUCGUAUUAUAUUUAGUUGUAUAAUUAAGGACGGGUAAUAUUGAUAAGUAUUUUGCACAAAUAAUGUUUAAUAUAAUUCGAGUGUCCAACAAUCCGAGAAUGUGACAAAGUGGAAUUUAUUGUAUCAAUAAAAUUUAACACGUACGUACAAAAUUAUUUUAAAUUGUUUAGGAAUAAAUUUUAAGUUAGGUUAUACAAAGUAAUAUACAGUGGGCGUGUAGUGUUGAGUGGUGCAAACAGUGAAUAAAAAUUGUAUGUAAGAUUGUUUAAAAUUUGUGUGUCGUGGGAGCGGGCUUAUGGGGCAAUGUGUGUCCCGGGAUCAACCGGGAUCAUACGCCUUCGCGCGGCACUACGAUGCGGAGAGCUAUGCAAGUAGUGCAAGCGGAAGUACAAGGAAAGGUCACUCUGAGUCGAAGGGGGCAAAGAAACGGGAGAAAAGUACGAGCGGGAACGGCAACAAACCAACCCGCGGCGUCGCCACAUCUUUCGGGUUCCGUCGAAGGCCAGCAAGCAGUUCACGUGCUGAUGAUAACGCGCGAAGAAAACAAAAACCUCAAGACAAAAAUGGAAAUGGUGGCUCCACUGAAGAUCUUAGAGCUGAGGAGGUAUUGUCGGGUCGAUCGACUCCACUCGCCCGACCGAGAAAGGAAACAUCCGGCCAACCUCUUCGUUCAAAUAGGUUCGGUUUCAGACAGCCACACAGUAAGACGGCGAAGGUUAGUGACGUGAGCGUCGUCGCUGAACACGCCUUCGCUCCGCCCAAAGACAAGGAGACGAUCAAUAACAAUGCUCUAGAGAAACGAAACCCCAACACCCAUAACCUGCCGUUAAUACCAACUCAAGUGUCUUCGACUGGCGUCACUAACAUCAUCGGUUCCACUGGAGUUCCCAAACCUGUCACCAAGCAAACUGUCAUAUUAACGUACCAGCCGCAACAAUUGUCCUUGCAAGAUGGUCGUAAGCAACGUUCAGAACAGUCCCAUGUCCGCGGCACGUCUGUUCCGCGCUCGUUGUCUGAAGCGAAGCCACCUGGAAAAUACACCUUCCAGACGAAUCAACUGCCUCGACCCCAGUAUCCAUCCGUAAAGAACAUUGAUGCUAAAACUACUAAACAGGUUGUCAACAACACAAGAAAGGCCGGCGCUGUCGAUGGUUGGAGAGAAGGCACAGGAUCCGCGGUAUCCUGUGAUUCUGGCGUAUGGACGGGUGGCGAGGCCGAUCUAUCACCACGCUCUCGACGACGACCCCGAAACCUGGAGAUGGUGAUGAGAGGAACCCAUAAUUUCCACCUCAGAGAACUGCAAGUAGCUGAUCUUGAUAUAAUGGAUGACGCGGUAGUAACUGGUCACGCGGUCAUUCCACUCCCAAAGUUACCAAGUUCAUUUAACGAAGAGUCAUCACCAGAGUAUGAAAUGCCAGAACCUACCUUUGCUCCAACAUCACCUAUAACAACCAAAUCCGCAUUUAUCGAACCAGUACAAAGAGAUGACUCACCUAUGUCCACUCUAGAUCGAUACAGGAAUAGAAGUAGGCCUAGCAGAAUUCAAACAAACAUCGAAUUCAAAGAUGAAGAGAAAUUUGUCCUAGACAGAGCACAGCCUGAAAUACUUAACAAACAGAAAUCGUUUAUAAAAUCAUCAAGUGGAAUAACAUCACCGACAGCAGUUGAUUCAAGCAAGGAGUCGAGUCCCUCUUGUAAGAGCGAAGCAAGUCAUUUCGGUAAUAGUAGUGCUUGGCAAAGUCAUGCUGCAGGAGAGGCAAUGGCAACGAGAUCGCAAGACGAUGUUUCGUUAGCACUCAGCGUAUCAAGCUGUGAAGAUGACAAAUCCAAACUGGAAACAAAGGAAACACUUCCUGAAUCCGAAGUUCCCAUUAAAACGAUAGUAAUCGCUGAUGAGCCUCCCGUUCCACAUCCAUUACUGAUGAAAUCACUAACCCUGAGUCAACAUGACGCUCUCCGUGGAACUAUGAUGGGUUCUAUGACAGGAUCAAAUUAUAGCACGACAAGCACAUGCACAAACCAGAGUACUGACCAACAUACUCUGACCCUAACAUUGGAGGAGUCUAAAUUCGAUAUGUCAGCUUUAGAAACUUCAACCCAAAGUCUCCUUGAUGAUGAAACAUCACCAGCUGAUAGUUUGAUAUCGUCGACCAGUACUAGUGACUCGAACAAUGACUUACACGUUGAAAGGGACGCUCCGUCUAUAUCAAGUGCAUAUCAAACAGCUAACACGAAAACUAGGUCUCCUGAACCCAUAAUAGAGGAGGAUGAUAGAGUGGACGGUGAAGCCUUGCUACCAGUGAAAGAGGGAAGUAACGGUAGCGGCGACACCAGCAAUAAGGAUACUCCUCCAUCCCCCGGGACACCGACGCAUGCAUCAGGGUCGCUUUCGCUGUCCGACGGAAGAGACUUCUUUGAUGAUGAGAUCGCCGAUCAACCAGCAUUACUCUUUAGAAAAAACAAUCAAGGAAGUCCAUCUGUCAAGCGAGCAGACUCAGACAAGCAACGGCGAUCCAGAGAACAAAUUACCUCAAGUCCUCAAGCUCAGCGCAGUCGAAAAAUGGGUGGUAGUCGUCACCCUACAGAGCGGACUCCGUCCCUGGACACACUCUCCAGCCUUGCGUCCGACGACCUCAUGAUGGACAAUGAUUUAGCCAGGUCCAUCACCAGCCUCCAGAGCGUUGAUGAUUACAUUGAGAGACUGGACAGUUCUCUUCGUAGUGGAUUAAAUUCUUUGGAUGAGAGACAACUUCACCAAGAGCUAGCAUCAUCUAAGGCAGCUGUCCGACAGUGGAGUCAAUUGUUGGAGAAAAACAAUCUCCUCGAUCGACAACUCGCUGCUAUGGCUCAGGGGAAGGCUGAAUCCAUGACUGGGAGUACCAAUAGUCUUAGCAAUAUUGGGGCCAGUCUUCCAGUACGCACGGCUCGUUUGUUGCAACGGUCACGUACUCAGACACCAUCAGAUGCCGGGAUAUCAGACGGGAGCACAUCCCCUGCACCCGCGCCCUCAUCAUUACUUCAAGAUGUCGUCGACAUCAAAACCCUACUGUUGCAACUCAAGAGGGUAUUACAAGAGCCAGGGGAGGAGCAUCAUACGAUGAGUAGCGAAACUCUCGACCCGUUGCUAGCGGCGUGCGCGGAGAGUCCCGCGCGCGGCAACGGGCGCCGCCUCCCCGCCUCGCCGCUGCACCCUGAUGCUUGUGCCGAGAUGCGUCGCCAAAUAGUCUACCUACAGGGUCAGUUGGAGGAGAGAGAUCGAUUGGUGCGUGUGUUGCAACAACAGAUGCUGCGUAUGGCUGAGAGCCAUGAGCCGAGAGUUGAUGACACCUGCAACGUCGCCACACAGACCGAUCGAUUGCGGCCACCUAUCGGCAGCUCGCUAGCGAGUUCUGAAAAUUCCGGUUUAGUGAGUUGGAAUGAACAAGCUAGUGGAAGGAAGCUGCCGUAUAGUGAAGCACAAAAGACAAAAAGGCCUGGUAGUAAUGGGACCGUGAAAUGUCAGUGCGGUGCGAGAAAAGUGAACGGACUAUUAGACGAAAACAGACAGACGGACAAUCUUAAUGACAAGCGGGACUCGGUUCUGCUGAAGCCUAACAGUCGGGUUGGAUCUAAAUACCUUCAAGCAUUAAACAACACAGACAAUAGAAGAUAUAUCAAACGAGAUUCGUCUCUCAACGAUAGAUAUGAACGACGAAGCCUGUACUCGUCACGUUCCAAAUCGAUAGAGAAUUUUCACAACCAGCAUUAUCUAUCCACAGAGCCUUUACUUUCUAAAACAGCAGUUAUCGAGGAGACUUCCAUAAAACAUCACACUUCCUAUGGGGAUCUUUACAAUGGAAGGAUAAGUAGCAAAGAGAGUGUAAACGGGAACAGACACAGUCCAAGUCUCGGUCAGUCCACAGACACGGAUUAUAGUUCGGAUGGAGGAUAUAAAUCUUUGCCAUCUUCUAUUAACUACAGUACGUCACCCAAAAAAGUAAGCGGAAUACCGCGGAGGUCUUACGAACAAAAGUUUAAUUCACCAAAACAAAUCAGGGCGAGCGCCAUUUAACGCACAGCUCUAUGUAGAAACUGUUGCAGGCCAAUAUGAUAAGGUUCCUUUGUGCUGUAUAAAAUAUUACCGGACUGACCAACAAACAUUCUGACGUUUUGUUUCAUUAAAUAUUCCCUUCGAAUAAUUAGCGUUUCGUGCCAUGACUACGAAGAGCAAGGCUUGUUCGCAUUUAUAUCGAAGCUUAAAUUAAGAUCUUGUUUUGGCCAAAUUGUAAUCGAUGUUAAAUGUAUUCCAGUUAAAAAAAAAUCGUUCGACUUGAAAUGUAUUUCGUUUCUGAAUCGAUUGCUUUGCGCAAUUUUUUUUUUAUACAUAGAUAAGCUUGACCCCUGUACAUUACAGAUGGAUAAAGAAACCGGAUUAUACUAUUAUUUGUAGAUUUCGAUUCACAUGUUUGUAUACAGACGAUAUUUUAGAUUUUCUAUGAUAGACAAACUAGCUGUAACGCUUACAGCGUUGUGUUAUGUGAUAAGAGUGGCUGUAAGGACUUCAUUUCAUUUUACCUUCCUACACCUUAUGUACAUUGUAUUGUAUGUUAUAUCAAGUUGUUUACUUGUACGCUCCUUGUAUUAUUUAUAAACGGUACUAGUUAGGUAUCAACGCGCUUGCGGCAUUUCGUAUCCCCGAUGUCAUUUUGAAAGCAUUUGUCUUAUUAAUGUAAUGUUAAAUGUGUAAUGAUUUAGUAUUUCUGUAUAGAAAAUUGUAAUCUUCCAUAAAAAUUGUCUUUAGGUCGUAACGGAGGUCGUGUGGUGCCGGCUUAUUUUAUAAUACGAAAAGAAUGUAAGAAUAGUUCCUCUGAAUUUGAACUUGUUUUUAAUAUAAAUUAAGCCAGUUCUGCACGAGCCGAGGUCUCGAUCGCAAAAGCAAAACAUCCUAUUGAUACCUAGUGUUAUCGUAUAACGUAAUGCAUAUUGUACUUAUGGCCGACGUCUGUUAUAGCGUUCAUUAUCGCCUCUAUUAGUUAUAUAAGUGAAAGCCCAUUAGCUUUAGUAAGAAAUAUAUUAAUUUAAAUCUAAAAUGUUUCAAUAAAUCAGUUUAAUUUUG